AUGCAGCAGCAUCCACCCUUCCCCGCUGCCGGCUGGCCUACUCACUCCUCCUAUGGCCACUUUAGCCCGCCUCCCCAGCCGCCUCCUAGAAAGCAGCAGAAGCGGGAGCGUGAUGAUAAACCUGAUAUGGACGAAGCUACAUGGCUCUCUCUCAACGGCGGGAAGCUCAUCGGGACUAAUAUUGCCCCUCCGGAGACGCCGGAGGAGAUUGAGGCCUGGAUCGCGCAACGAAAGAGUCGAUUUCCGACUGCGAAAAAGAUUGAGGAGAACCUGGAGAAAAAACAGGAGGUAGCUGCGAGGGCAGAAGCAGAGGCGAAAAGGGUUGCUGCGCAGCAGAAAAAAGAGAGGGACUUAAAAGCUCAUGCAAUCGGGGGCAAACGAAAACGUGUCACCGCUGAUACUGGAGAUGGAGAUGGCGCGCCACUAUUAUUAAUGGGCUCAGACAUCGACAACGACUACGACACCAAUGCCUCUGACUCCAACUCUGACAAUGAUGGUGCACCGCCUGAAAUCACAUCCUCAAAAAUCAAAUCUACAGUCCCCGAAUCCGCAAUCCGAAAGCCGGAGGGACAGGGCUCCAAGAAGUCAACUGGGCACUGCCGUGAUUUUCUGCGCGGAAAAUGCGCGAAGGGCGAUCGGUGCAGAUUCCGGCAUGAUAAGGAGCCAGCUAAGAAAAGGGAAACUAAGAUCGAGGAGAAGAAGACUUUAUAUCAGCGGCUUGUGGAACACGAUAGGGAGAAGGAGAAUACUCUUAUGCUACAGAUCAUUCAGUACCUGAUUGACAAAGGGCAGCUGCCAGAGGAAACAUGA